AUGGAAGCCACAGCAACAUACCCGUACGCAUUGACGGACUGUCGUCCUCUUGGCACAAAUAUGGAAAUCAACGACGGGAUCCUACCAUUCGAUGCUUCCCCGGAUACCAUGUUCACUGAUCCAUUCCAACCAAACGGGCUUGCAACGGGCUUCAUGCCGCAAAGCGACCCAACACUCUUCCCAGCCAUGCUUCACCUCCAAGGAACACCCAAUUACCAUGAAUUGAAAUCCCCUCUGGCUGUCUCUCCAUCUGUGACGGAGAGCGACAACAGCAUCAGCAGCGCACAGCUUACGGUCGACUCGGUCGACCCAAAGAAUGUCGACCAGCCGCAGCCACAGCCCCCCAAGAAGCGUGGCCGUCCAAGGCGCAGCCAAGCAAAGCCGCGCGCAGAUAUAAAGUCCUCCCCGGCAAAAGUAAGAAAGGCAUCGAAAGCUUCUUCGCGGAAAGACAGCAUCAAUGAGUCCGACGAUGGCUCUGAUCACGACAGCGACAGGAGCCACCUCCGAGCGCGGAACCGUGUUGCCGCCGCCAAGUUUCGCGAACGCAAAAGGGAGUCCGUUGGCAAGCUCAAGGAAAAGGAGGAGUGUGCCCGCACAGCGAACCGCAUGCUUGCCGACGAGAUUUCUCAGCUAAAAGAGGAAACGUUGCAACUCAAAUCCAUGGUCCUGGAACACGCGGGUUGCGGAUGCGGCCAUAUCGACGAGUAUAUCAAGCAUGCCGCUUCAGGUCUGGCGCUCAACGCAGCGUCCCCUGCUGGCUCAGAUUCUACCUCUGUGUCAGGGUCUGGCUUUCUUCGCGGUUCUAGUCUUGGUCCGGGUUCUUCUUCUGGCACUGGAAUCCGCCCUGGCUCCGGCACCGGUUCUGCCUCAAGUUUCGCCGCACCAUCAAUGGCGUGA